AACUGAUGUUUUGAUGAGCCAUUUGAGCACUGGGUACAAUAUAUUUUGGAUCAAAGAAACUCCAGUAUUCAAAGAUAGUAACUGACAGGAUUUUAGGUCACUUCAUAGAUCACCACCUAGAAAGGAAGAAGAUCUUGAUUUGGAGAGUGGCAAUAAAACACUCGUGGAGAAGGGUACACUUAGGCUUUUCCAGGAAAGCGAGGCCACCAUGGCUCUGGAGAAGUCCCUCGCCCUGCUCCCUCUAUUAGUCCUGGUGCUGCUGGUGCUGGGCUGGGCCAAGCCUUCCCUGGGCAAGGAAUCCCGGGCCGAGAAGUUCCAGCGGCAGCACAUGGACUCAGAUGGUUCCCCCAGCAGCAACCCCACCUACUGCAACAACAUGAUGAGGCGCCGGAAUAUGACACAGGGACGGUGCAAACCAGUGAACACCUUUGUGCACGAGCCCCUGGUAGAUGUCCAGAAUGUCUGCUUCCAGGAAAAGGUCACCUGCAAGAACGGGCAGCCCAACUGCUACAAGAGCAGCUCCAGCAUGCGUAUCACCGACUGCCGCCUGACAAACGGCUCCAGGUACCCCAACUGUGCAUACCGGACCAGCCAGAAGGAGAGACACAUCAUUGUGGCCUGUGAAGGGAACCCGUAUGUGCCCGUCCACUUCGAUGCUUCAGUGGAGGGCUCCACCUAAAGUCAGAGCAGUGAGAUACCCCGCCUCCCUCAACCUCUUCAUUUCCACAGAUGCCUCUCCCCUCUUCCUUCACUGCUGUGAAAGAAAUAACUCCAGUUAGGGCUCCUAUUCAACACACACAUGCUUCCCGCUCCUGAGUCCCACCCCUGUGUGAUUUUGGGGGUGAAGAGUGGGUUGUGAGGUGGGCCCCGUGUUUAUUCCUCCACUCUUCCUUUCAAUAAAACACAGUUGCAAACA